AUGAGACUUUCCGCAUGGAAAUCCAUUGCAGGCUUACCUGGUCAGAAAGCUACAACUAAGGAGAUGCCACAGCACCACAAUGUGUUCGUGGCCAACACACUUAGUGCGCUGAAGCGUAUUCGUGGCAUCGAUCUCAAUGACGUGACGCAUUGUUACGUAGACGGGCUUGAUUCUUCCUUCUUCAACCUCGGUCAGUUUCUUGGCUCUGUGGAGAGUGAACUGCGACGCAGAGAGCAUGUGGCAGAGGCAGAAGCUAUCGCCCACGUUACCCAGCUAUGCGCAACAGACCCCGAGCUAGGAGGUCUGGGUAUCGUUGCAGAUGGCGUAAAUUGGGAGUGUCCGGAUUCCGCGCCAACGGAGACCAAUGAUGGAUCCAUCACGGACGAGCCCGUGCUUCGAGAGGUCGAGUUCCUAGUCGAUGCCUGGCUGUCGGCCGUCAGUUCGCGAGAAGCCGCUUCGCAGCAAGCAAGACCGGCGCUGCGGAAACGGCUGGGAACCCCUAGCAACGCCUACCCGAUGACCUUGACAGAAAAGAUCCUGGCGUACCAUGCCUUGUCGCUGCCAUCGGCAAAGGGUGUGAGGCCGGGGGAUGUCGUUACAGUGUCGCUGGACUGGGUCAUCGCCAGCGAAGUGGCUUGGCUGGGCAUGCUUCACAGCAUGAGGAGCAUCGGGCAACAGCCGCAGGCCUGGAGGAACGACCGGUUCUGGCUGACCGGCGACCAUGCCGUCGAUCCCCGCAACUAUCAUCAGGAGAAGAGCAAGAUGCUUAGAAAAGAGAUGGAGACGGCCAAGCAGAAUUUGAAGAUGACGGAGAACCAGGGGUCUAACUACACGAUCCUCCACACCGAGUUUGUACGGGAGAGGGCGGAACCCGGCAUGCUGGUCAUAGGUGCCGACUCUCACACCUGUUCCGGCGGUGCCGUGAGCGCUCUGUCCAUCGGGCUGGGAGCAGGCGACAACAUGAUCGGUCUCGCAACGGGCCAAACCUGGUUCAAGGUGCCCGAGUCAAUCCGGGUCAACUUCACCGGCAAGCCCGCCUGGCACAUCAAGGGCAAGGACGUCAUCCUGUCCAUCCUAAGGACACUCCGUCGAAAUACCUUUGCCGCCGACCGUGUCGUCGAGUUUGGCGGUCCGGGUGCCGACUAUCUCUCUUGCGAUGCUCGUUUUGCCAUCUGCAACAUGUGCACGGAGCUCGGCGCCAUCACCGGUAUCUUCGUCCCAGACAAGGUUACGCGCUCGUUCUUGGACGGUCGAAAGUCCAAGCUCUACAAGUCAAACUCGGUGUAUUUCGCCCCCGACAAGGACGCCAAGUACGCCGCCGUGUUCGACAUUGAUCUGAGUCAUGUCGAGCCCAGCAUCGCCAUAUAUCCCUCGCCGGAUGACGUUUACCCAGUCACCGGACGAUUGGGCAUGAAGUUUGACGGCUGCUUCAUCGGUGCUUGCACAACUACAGAGGAAGAUCUUGUCUUGGCUGCACUGGUCCUUGAGGCUGGCUUAAAGCGAGGCAUGGUGAUGGCACCUGGCAAACGCCUCGUGGUUCCGGGUAGUCGGCCGAUCGCUAGGAAUUUGCGAAUGCUCGGCCUCAUGGAAAUCUAUGAAUCGGCUGGGUUCGAGCAACCCGCACCAGGUUGUAGCAUGUGCCUCGGAAUGGGGGUUGAUGUCGCCGAGGAGGGAUCGAAUUGGCUUUCUUCGCAGAACAGAAACUUUAAGAACCGAAUGGGUAAGGGGUCGGUCGGUCAUAUCUGCUCUGCUGCUACUGUAGCCGCUGCUUCCUUCAGCAUGACUUUGUCAGAUCCGACAGACCUACUGCGAGAUGUCGACGAGGCCAAAUACGAUGAUCUCUUACAACGUUGUAAAGCCUGGCGGAACAGAAACAGCAUAGCACCGCCAACGAAACAUGCACAUGGCGACGUUCAAGAUGGGGACAUUGAGUAUGUUGAGCCUGUGUUGACGGCGGUGGCAGUCCAUCAGAGCGUGGUGCAGUUGGCCCAGGAGGGUCCUGCGUCCAAAACAACAGGCGUACGACUUGACGAGACGAAUGUUUUCCAAGGACGGGUCUUCAAGAUGGGUGAUUUUGUGGACACAGACGCGAUCAUCCCCGCGCCGUUCUGCUCUAGCCCUACCGAUGAGGCUUUGGGCUCGCACUGUUUUGAAUACGUCUGCCCUGAGUUCCGCGAGCAUGUUCGCGAAGGAUACACCGUUGUCGUAGGUGGAAAAGCCUUCGGGUGCGGGUCUUCGAGGGAGGAAGCUGCCCGAGCAUUGAAGGGCAUCGGCGUCAAGUGCGUCAUCGCGAGAUCUUUUUCCUUCAUUUUCGGGCGCAAUAUUCCCUCUAUUGGCUUGAUCGGCUUCAUAAUCAACGACGAAGACUUCUACCGGCUUGCGGACCAUGGCACCGAGAUAGAGAUCGACGUGCAGGGACGAUGCGUGAGGGUGGGCGACAGAGCGUUCACAUUCCGGCUAGAUGACAUCGAGCUGAAAUUAGUUGAGAACAGAGGCCUCGCUGAGGCUUUUCGGCGGCACAGAAAAGACGUUUAUGAUGCUCUUUGCUCUCCCGAAGGUGUUCUUACGGAAGUGCCAUCACCAGCCACUCUAGCAGACAUUUCAAUGCAGCACAAAAAGACGGAGGAAUUGGCUUGGUAG